AUGAAUUUUUAUUCGUUGAUAUUAAUUCAAUUAACAAUAAUUUACGUAUUAAAUUGUUUAACAGAGAUGGAAGGGAAGACAAGCAUCUUACCAACGAAAAAUACAACAACAAAAACAAAUAUCACCAAAACUAUAAAAAAGUUUAGACCUCAAAAACGUACAAAAAUUCUGUUAUUUAAUACAACAAACAAGCCAAAAGAAAGUUUCGAAACUUCAAAUAAAACCUUUAUUAACAAACAAGCAUUUAAUAAUAUUACAAAAAAUACAAUUCAACCUCGAAUAAAAAAUAAAACAAUUAUUGCUAAUAAUAAAAUUAGUAAUGGUACCAAAAAUAUGAAUUUAAAUAAAA